AUGUACCUGGCCGACGCUUCCGAUGCUACUCGCUGCAAAGCUUUUCCGACCACUUUGACGAAAGCAGCGAUGAAGUGGUUUGACAGUCUUCCCCUUAGGUCGGUUACAAGUUUCGACGACCUCUCACGAAAGUUCUUGAUGCGAUUCUCCAUCCAGAAGGACAAAGUAAAACACGCACCGAGCCUCCGGGGUGUGAAACAGGAGGUCGGGGAACCUUUAAGAGACUACAUGGAAAGGUUCAAUAAAGCGUGCUUGGAGAUUCAAGACCUACCCACAGAGGCAGUAAUUAUGGGCCUAGUAAAUGGACUCAGGGAAGGUCCCUUCUCCCAGUCCAUAUCGAAAAGGCACCCAACCUCUUUGAGUGAUGUACAGGAAAGAGCUGAGAAGUACAUCAACAUAGAGGAAAAUGCCAGACUGCGAGAGCCAAACUGGCGACCUGGGCACUCUCACUCAUCGAAGGAGAAAGAAAGAGAGCCCAAGAAAAAAGAGGAAGUCGGCCCUGAAAGGCCUAGGAGAUAUCACUCCUAUACUCCUCUAAGAGUUUCCCUAGUUGAUGUAUACAGGAAAAUUUGCCUUACUGAAAGGCUACCACCCCCUAGGCCCAUCAAAAACAAAAGGGGGGGGGGGGAGUCGUGGCGACUACUGUGA